AUGUCCUUCAGCGGCGCGGUGAAGAUCGCCCCAGACGCCCUGAGUGACUACAUCGCCCCCUCCCAGGACUGCGUCGUCGCGCUCGACGGUGGCCGCGUGCGAAUCGACGACCUCGGCGACGCCGGUGAGGUCGCGGUUCGUUCGCGUCGCUCGGCGCCGGAGACGCGCGCGCCGACCGGGGAGGCGGUCAAAGUGACUUUGAGUGAUUGCUUGGCGUGCUCGGGGUGCGUGACGAGCGCGGAGAGCGUUUUGUUGGAGCAGCAGAGCGUGGAUGAGUUUUUGAGCGUUCGGAAGCGUUUGCGUUCGAUGGGUCGCGGUAUUGUCGAUUGGAAUCUCGGAGUCAUCGUCGUGAGCGUGAGUCCGCAGUCACUGUGCAGCCUAGGUAAGGUGUACGGUUUGGAUAAGCAGGAUACGUGGACGAAGUUUUCGGGGCUUAUGAGGGAUAUGGGUGCGUACAAGGUCUAUGACAUCUCGGGCGCUCGCGACUUGGCGCUGGUAGAGACGUAUGCGGAGUUCGUCGAAAGAGCGAACGGGGGGGCGCCGACUCCACUCUUGGCGAGUGCGUGUCCAGGAUGGGUGUGUUACGCCGAAAAGACGCACGGUGAGCUGGCGAUUCCGCACAUGGCGACGACGAAGAGUCCGCAGCAAAUCAUGGGGACGUUUGUUAAGAGCGCAGUCGCGCGCGACCUCGGAGUGUCUCCCGAUCGUGUGUACCACGUGAGCGUGAUGCCUUGCUAUGACAAAAAGCUCGAGGCGAGUCGAGACGACUUCAUGCGUGGAGGUGUCAAGGACGUCGAUCUCGUGCUAACGACUGGCGAAGUAGUGGUUCUGCUCGAAAAGGCAGGUCUGCAUCAUUUGCGUGAAGCACCAAAUUACGCGUACGAUUUGAUGUGUGACGGAUUCAGGGUUCCGCCAGAGAGUGAAAUCGCGGCUCACUUCGUCUCUGGAUCUGGUGGAUACGCCGAAUACGUGUUUCGUCGCGCAGCUGCGGAGAUUUUUAAUACUCCCAUAAUGGGCGCCAUCGAGUGGGUUCAGUUGCGUAACAUGGACAUGCGAGAGGCGACACUUACAGUUAACAACGAAGUUGUGCUGCGCGUCGCCGUCGCCUACGGCUUUAGAAAUAUCCAGAACCUGGUUCGCAGUCUUAAGAUGAAGAAGUGUAAACAUCACUUCGUUGAAAUCAUGGCAUGUCCUUCGGGCUGCUUGAAUGGUGGUGGUCAGCUUCCGGCUCCCGAGGGGAUGUCUAACAAGGAGCUAGUCGAUGCGUUGGACGAACAUUACAGAAUCGUGGAGCGUGAAAGAAAUAGGGUAGAUGUGGACUUCCUGUAUCGCGCUUGGAUCGGUGGUGCUCCAGGAUCUCAACCAGCGCGAGAGAUACUUCGGACACAAUAUCACAUUAGAGACAAAACACCCGUCGGAAUGAUUCAGCUUGGAAAUAAUUGGUAG